UGCUGGUCAACAACAGCUGCUUUACCAGAAACCAGGAGGCGUCAAAGUUGGCGAUGUGACAAUACGAGAACCGACCUGUGAGAUCUUUAAUCGUGUGAGUGAGUGUGUGUGAGUGUGUGUGUGUGCGUGUGUGUGUGCUGCUCGUCCAUGGUGCAGCUGUGAGCUGCGGCUGCCUCUGAAAGGAGCACCAUGGCAAUGUGGAUCCAGGCCCAGCAGCUCCAGGGUGAGGCGUCUCACCAGAUGCAGGCGCUGUAUGGCCAGCACUUUCCCAUCGAGGUGCGGCACUACCUGGCCCAGUGGAUUGAGACCCAGCUGUGGGAUUCUGUGGAGUUGGACAACCCAGCGGAGGAGGCCAAAGCCAAGCGCCUGCUGGACAACUUGGUGGCCGAGCUUCAGAGGAGAGCCCAACUUCAGGGAGGAGAGGACGGCUUUCUUCUCAAGAUCAAGCUGGGCCACUGUGCCAACCAGCUCAAGAGCACUUAUGACCGCUGUCCUUUGGAGCUGGUGCGCUGCAUUAAACACAUCCUGCACUCAGAGCAGAGGCUGGUUCAAGAAGCUACAAAUGCCAGCUCUGAGACUGGUGGCCAGGCAAUGGACAGCCUGUCACAGCGGCACCAACAGAUCAACCAGGCUUUUGAGGAACUUCGUUUGGCAACACAGGAGACUGAGAACGAACUGAGAAAGCUGCAGCACAGCCAGGAGUACUUCAUCAUCCAGUACCAGGAGAACCUUCGUAUCCAGGCACAGCUCAGCAACUUGUCUUCACUGCCUCCAGCCGAGCGCACCCAGCGCGAGACCACCCUACAGAGCAAGAGGGCCACUGUGGAAGCCUGGCUCACCAGAGAGGCCAGCACUCUACAGAAAUACAGGCUUGACCUGUCGGAGCAACACCAGAAGACCCUGGGCCUGUUGAGGAAGCAGCAGACUUUAAUCCUUGAUGAAGAGCUCAUCCAGUGGAAGAGGAGGCAGCAGCUGGCUGGCAACGGGGGUCCUCAUGAGGGGGGACUGGAUGUCCUCCAGUCCUGGUGUGAGAAGCUGGCUGACCUGAUCUGGCAGAACCGGCAGCAGAUCCGGCGCUGUGAGCAUCUAACCCAACAGCUCCCCCUGCCAGGCCCGAUGGAAGAGCUGCUGAGCAAGCUCAAUAGUGACAUCACUGACAUCAUCUCGGCCCUGGUUACCAGCACCUUCAUCAUUGAAAAGCAGCCACCCCAGGUGUUAAAGACUCAGACCAAGUUUGCAGCCACGGUGCGCCUCCUGGUGGGCGGAAAACUGAAUGUCCACAUGAACCCACCACAGGUCAAGGCUGUCAUUGUUAGUGAGCAGCAGGCCAAAGCUCUGCUGAAGAAUGAGAGCACACACAGUGAAAGCAGUGGAGAAAUCCUCAACAACAACUGUGUGAUGGAAUAUCACCAGGCAACUGGCACCCUCAGUGCACACUUCAGAAACAUGUCACUGAAACGGAUCAAGCGCUCUGACCGUCGAGGUGCAGAGUCUGUGACGGAGGAGAAGUUCACAGUUCUGUUUGAAUCACAGUUCAGUGUCGGGGGAAACGAACUCGUCUUCCAUGUCAAAACCUUAUCACUGCCUGUGGUCGUGAUCGUCCACGGCAGUCAGGACAACAAUGCUACAGCAACAGUCCUGUGGGACAAUGCCUUUGCUGAGCCGGGCAGGGUGCCGUUCAUCGUACCAGAAAAGGUGUUGUGGCCCCAGCUGUGCGAGGCCCUGGAUAUGAAGUACAAGGCGGAAAUGCACAGCGGGCGUGGCCUGUCAGAGGAUAACCUGGUCUUCCUGGCACAAAAGGCUUUUUCAAGCAGCAGCAACAACCCUGAGGACUACAGCAAGAUGACCAUCUCUUGGGCCCAGUUCAAUCGGGAGAGCUUACCUGGACGCAACUUCACCUUCUGGCAGUGGUUUGAUGGAGUUGUGGAGCUCAUGAAAAAACAUCUCAAGCCUCACUGGAAUGAUGGUGCCAUCCUGGGCUUUGUAAACAAGCAGCAGGCACAGGACAUGUUGUUGUCCAAACCCAACGGCACCUUCCUGCUGCGAUUCAGUGACUCUGAGAUCGGAGGCAUCACCAUCGCCUGGGUGGCUGAGAAUCCCAACAAAUCAGGAGAGAGGUUGGUCUGGAAUCUGUUACCUUACACAACCAAGGACUUCUCCAUUCGCUCUCUGGCUGAUCGCAUCAGUGACCUGAACCACCUUCUGUUUCUCUACCCUGACCAGCCCAAAGAUGAGGUUUUUGCCAAGUACUACACCCCUCCACUCUCAAAAGCAGUGGACGGAUACGUAAAACCACAGAUCAAACAAGUUGUGCCAGAAUUUACCACCCCAAACCCUGAACCCAGCGGAGCAACUCCUACAUUCAUGGAUCAGACAGCUUCUCCCUCUGUGACCCACCCCAACAACUUCAGUGUUUACCCUCCUAUUAGUGACACCAUGUUGGAUGCAGAUGGAGACUUUGACCUGGAGGACACGAUGGACGUGGCCCGUCAUGUGGAGGAACUGCUUCGCAGGCCCAUGGCCAACCAGUGGAGCAGCCAGCAGUCCUGAACCUGAAACCUGAUACUGCUGCACACCUUGAGGUCUACUCCAUCUUAUCCACUCCUAUAAUUCUCUCCGAACUGCAGCCACAUUAAGAGAAGUCAUGGGUUCAUUAGUCCCUCUGACAGAUCCACAUUACAAUUCAUAUUCAUCAUGUUUCAGCUGCCCGCUUCUAAUCAAUAUUGUCUCAGUGGAGAUGGUAAACCAUGUUUUCAAGAGUCAGCUUUAUUGGCAUUGUACAGUCGACAGGGACUGGUGUUCUCUCCGCCCAUCAUAGUUUCUCAGGACGGUCAUGAAGACCUGGUUUGGGUCAAUGGGAUUUUUAUACACUUAGUUUUUAUGUGAGCUUUGCGUACCUGAUGAGUAUCUUAAAAUUCUUUUAAAUGUUUUUCUACAGUUAACAUGGGUUUAUGUGACUGAAUGCAGAAAAAACUACUCUAUUCUCUCUUUGUCAAUAAUUAAUAAUAGUUGUAUAAUAAAUACUAUCUAUCUAGUAGUAAGUCCAUAAUAAAGUGAGACUAUGUAACUUAAGCUGAACAUCAGCCACUGUGAACACCAGCAGUAUUUACAGGAUGAUGGGAAAUAAUAUUUCCCCUCAUUUUCAAAGUUUAUCUUUAAAUCAUUUGCUUUAGAGCCACUUAGCUAAACAAGUCUAAAUCAACAACCAUGCCUCCCAUGUAGGUGCAUCGUAGUUACUGCUGUGUCAUUGGCUUUAGACAGUUUUAAACCUGUGAUGCUGGAAACUAAAUCAAGUGGUGUCCUGAACUCCAGUGUCCUUGGAAGCUGCAGUUUCAACUUCACCUGUGGUUCAGUGUGAGCCCAGCAGCUGUGUCCUGUAGAAGAAACCAUCUGAACAACAUGAGGUUUUACACAAACAUGGCUUUAACUUGCUUAUCUUGCUGUUUGCUUGUUCUAUGGUUAUGAUCAAUUUAAACACCAACCAACGCCAUUGCUUAUGUAGACUGGCCAGCGGUCACAGAGAUGGAUAAAAGCUCAGACAUUCUUUCUCCAGUAAUAUAUAUUAAAGUACAAAAAUAAUAAACAAUCAAAUAAGACAACUGUCAGCAACAUCAUCAUUUUGUAGUGUUUAAUACUGAAUGUUCAGUAGUGAUUAUAGUGAAUUUGACUCAGCAAUCAGAUUCAACCCAGAAAGCCCCUGUUUAGCUAAACCAGUUCAAACCCUUAGCUGCGCUGUUCAGAUGCUAAGAGACACAGCUUCAGUCUCUGUGUAUUUACAGUUGUCUGUAACAUACUAAAAUAAAAGAGUAAACGCGUAACAGUAGUUCAAGUUGUAAAAACGUCAUACAGACGUUUCAAGACUUUUGUAUUACCCUCUCUAAUUCUAUGUAUGUAUAAAUAUAUGUUGUCAGAAUGGAACCUUCGGUGUAUGGUACUGUGUGAUAAGCUUCGUCGGUGGAUUCUAUAGGGAAAUGAUUACACCUCACACUCUAUAAUAUGCCAUCAUACUUUUUGUCUGCCCGGAUAAUCAGAGGGCAGCUCAGGACUGCAAAUAACAGUUUCUAUUAUAUUUUAAAUGUUUUCAUCAUCUACUAAUUCAUUUAAUGGUUUUGUUCACAAAGUGUUUAAACAUUUGGAAAAAAAUCUCAAUUAUUUACCCUCAGAUAUCCAAAGCCCAAAGUUAUAUCUUUGAAUUGCUCGGUUUUCUGACCACCUGUCCACAAUUCAUACAUAACAAUGACAGUUCUGAUCGUGUGUGCAGCUUUGCUUCUGAAACCAGAGAACAAUUAUCCCACCCACCUCAGCUGCACUUUGUCCAUUCUGCUCAUUAUGAUGAUGGUGAUGUUAAUCUUUUUCUAGCUUCUCUGUUAUCCUGAAAUAACCUUUAGUAAACAUUUCUGUGGAGAUUCACUGCUCCAUAGAUCUCUCUGUGCCUUUUGGAUUGGCAGGACACCACUGUCCGUCAGUACAUUUGAAAGCCAUUGUCCAUAGCACUGUACUACUACCAGCAUCCAAGGAAAAUCUCUCAUAGAACACAACUCACCCAUAAUGAAGUUAACGCGGCAAACCUCAGGAAAGUCACUGUGGGGGGGAAAGGCAAUUGUGUCCAAAUCAGCCAAAUGAUUUGAGUGUAGAUGGGGAUACUAUGUAACUCUUGUGCUGCCUUUACCUCUUAUAAUUAUUGUGAAAUAAAAGCUGAAACACAAAACGUUUUAUUUUUACCAAUGCAGUAGUUCACCUUUUCGUCCUUGAAUCAACCAAAUGUGUGUAUCCAGCUCACUGCUGCUGUGUUGUCCGCUGGCUUCUGUACAAUCUGCCUCAAGUACUUCCACAUUGUGCUACACUUUGCUGGAAGUUUGGUGUUUGGAUUUGACUUGGAAAUAAAACACAUUUUUUAAUUAA